AUGCCCGGAACGGCGCAGGACCCUUUGCAGGCGGUGUGUGACGAGAUUGUCGCUACGUACUUGCAACGGCAAGGUCACACUACCGCACUAAAUGCCUUUGAGGCUUCUACAGGCCGUCCAGGUCUCGCAGCUUCCUACAAGGAUGUGCCGCGCGACCUACGGACGCUUGUCGAACAGAGCGCGUCGCUGGCCGCCGCGCAGGCAAUGGCGCGCACGCAGCUCGACGAAAGUGACGCAGACGACCUAGCUGGACUCAUUGAAGAGGAAAAGAAGGCGAAAUCAGUGCCAUACGCGCUGGAAAAGACGCUGUCGCACCUGCACUUGUCCAACCUCCUCUCGAUCCAUGCGGUGGAGUUGCCCGAGUAUUUGUCUGGUGCAUGGUCCAACACCGCAUGCAUCGCGACGACGUCCGCUGACAAGCGCAUUGUAUUUAGCGAUCCUGUGUCUGGCGAGGUACUCUCGAUGCUCGAGAGGCCCACGUCGCCGACGCCCAAUGGCGCAGUGGGCCACGACGCGGCGGUGCUGAACCUGUCGCAAAAUCCAAAGCAGGCGCGCUACGUGGCGUCUGCCGGUAUUGACGGGCGCGUCGUGAUCUGGGACUUGCACACCUCGCUGCCGGUACAAACGCUGCAUGACCAUAUGCGGUUCGCUGUGAGCGUCGUGCACAGUCCAUGCGGGACCUACCUCGCGAGCGCCGGCUACGACCGCAAGAUUAUCGUGUACAAGGCGACGUACGGAGGCGAGCGUGUCACGUACGAGAAAGUCCAUACGGCGACACUCGCAGCGAACCCCGAGGCGCUGCUGUUUGUCAGCGGCCCAGCGGCGCCGCCCAAAGACGGCGCGGCGCUCGGCGUGCCACAGCGUCCGUGGCUCGUGUAUACACAGCGCAGCUCGAUCGUGCUCCACUACAUGGCGCUGCCUGCGCCCGACCUCGAGAGUGCGACGCCCGACUUUCAGGUCGUGGAGUACAACACGAACCCCGAUCCCGAAGACUACUAUGCCGGCUACUCGCUGCUGGCUUUGUCGUUGCAUCCCUCUGGCCAGUACGUUUGUGCUCAGACCGGCGACCACUCGGCUGCUCAGGCAUCCGGCGCCGGGCCUGCUGCAAUCGGCGGCCAUGCGCUGGGCGACCAGCUUUCGCGCCUCUUGAUCCUGCCGCUCUUUUCGUCAUUCCGGCGCCUGACGCUGUGGACCGAGGCGCCGUCCUCGACGUUUUCGAAUCCCCGGCAUGCGUGGCUCGCGAAUGGCGAGGCGGCGUGGGUCACGGGCGAGGACGGCGUGCUGCGCCUUGUCGGUCUGAGCGGCGACAUCAAAGCGCGUGUCCUGUGCCACGGCGUGCACGAGGAGCUGGAUAUGCACUCGGGUGCAGCACGCGAUGCGCUCGCGGCGGCCGCGUGGGCGCGUGGCGGCAACACGGUGAUUAAGGAUGUGGCCGUGCUGCCCGACGGCCGUGUAGCGAGUUGUGGAUUCGACCGGACGGUGCGUGUAGUAGUAAACAAAUAG